AAAUGGAACAUUCGAAUCGAACGUCCGAACGAUUUGACAGAUGAUGUGGCUUUACAUCUUGUUCUUUAAUUUUUAUAAGAAAUAAAAUAUAUUGUAAAAAUAUUUUAAUAAUGCCAAUAUGAUCCUAUUGAAGAUUUUAGUAUUUUCUGUGUUUAUCACAGCUUCAUAUAGUAGGUUACCUGAUAAAGUUUUGUGUGCUAACCAAGAAUGUAGCGCUCCGAUAUCAAAAGCUAAAACGUUACUAAACUACAAUAGUGUCGAUGCAGAUCUCAUAUCUUUUAAACGAAAUUCCGAAGCAACUAUUUUUAUGAAAUCAGCUGGAAGUAAUCGUGAUUUGUGGUAUGCCCAAAUAAAUGGUAAAUUCGGAUUUGUGAGUUCAAAGUUUUUAACAGAAACAAAAAUUUAUUCGAAGAAUUUAGUGGAGUUGCCUAUAGAAGCAAUAACUAAAACUCCAAAUGUUCAGCCUGAUAAAGUACAACAACCACAUGAAGUUUUUGAAGGAACCACAAUAUACACAACAGAGCCAUCUCAAGUGUUAGAAAGUGAUGCUAGUACUACUGCAUCACCAGAAAUCAUGUCAACCGAAGCAGAUAUUAUAAACGGGCAAGAAAAUGAUAAUGUCCCAGUAAACCCACAAAAUAUAGAAACUUUUUUAAAUCAAGGCUCUACUGAGCCCUUAAAGAUGGAAGAGAGAAGUGAUCAAAUAAAUAUUGAAUCAGGUGAACUUAAAAACAGCGAGGAAAUAAAUGUAAAUGAUGUGCCAAAUAAUAGUGUAGAAAAUGAGAGUUCUGAAAAAGAUAAUGUUGUUCAAGAGGCAAGUAAAGAAUUAAUAAAUGAACCUAAACCAAUAGAAUCAGAUAAAGAAGCUUCAGAAGCUAUUAUAGAAAAUAAAGGUGAAGAUUCUAAUUCUAAUAAAAUUCCUGAAGAUUCAACCCAGAUGAAUAUGGCCGAAUCCCUUCCGCCAAGUGUUACUAAUUUAGAACCUGACAUAAGUGAACAAAAUGUAUCAGCUAUGCCAAAUAUACAAAAUACACAAGAACAAAAAAUACAAAGUGAAAAUAUUCCCUCAAAUGAAUUUACUCCACCAGUGAAUAUUCAUAAUGAUGUUAAUAAAAAAGAUGAAAACAAACAAGAAGAAAGUCUAGAAGAGAAUAUACCUAGUGAACAACCUCUUUCAUCUGACACAGUUGAUGCACAAAAUGAUAACAAUCCAUUAUUGGCGGAACCCCAGAUUGAUACGACUGAAAAUCCACCUUCACAAGAGUUAGUAAAUGAAAGUGAUAAACAAAAUGAUGAAUCAAAUACAAGCACAAAUACAGAUAUUGAUCAAAAUACUGAAAAACCAGUGCAACAAGAAGAAACAAAUCCAACUACAUCUACGUCAGAUUUAACUGAACUCCCCGUGACUACAUCAACAGUGACAACAGAGACAACUGUUGAGACUUCAACACCUUUAUAUGAAUCAAAUACACAGACCAUUCCUGCGGCAGAUAUAAACUUAUUACUUCAACAAAUGCAAAAUGCUGAUACAACUGCUCAAAGAGUAUAUAGAGAGGAAGUUACAACAGAAACGCCACCUGUAACUGAAUCACCAACUGAGACUACAGAAUUUAAUACAGUCACUGAAGAGUUUAUAACAACAUCCACCGAAAAUCUUAUUGAAGAAGUAUUCAGUUCAACCACUGAAACACCAGUUUCACAAGAAGAGAGUGAGGGUUUCUUCUCAAGCAUUUAUACAACUGUUGCUGAUAUGAUCCCACCUACAACAGAGGCACCUCUUGAACCAAUAUUCAAUCCAGAGCUUGUGCAGGCACCAGAGAGUGAAGAGACGGAGAGCUUUUCUUUCAUAAGCUAUUUAUACUCUACCUUUAACUCAAUUAUGGGAACAACUGAACAAGCGAACAUACUUUUUGAUACUGCCAGAGAUACCUGUUAUACAAAUGAUUACUGUGAUGGUGAAUCAUUCAGUCAGCGUAAUAGACUUUUAGCCUUCCUCUUAACAACUGCAUCUUCUGUUCUCCUGUUCACAUUGGGUUAUUACUAUAUUGAUAAUAAGCGACAAGAUAGCAAGUUCAUUGGUAUUAUAAAUCAAUUGCAACGAGAAUUGCUUUUUACUACUAAGGAGUGUGAGAUCCUCAAAGAGGAGCUUUCAACUACAAAGAAUAAAUUGACUUCAAUAGAAGAUAAUUCUUUUGGUAUGGAUGAUAUGGUGCAGUCAUUGAAGGAAGAAAUUAAUGAACUGAAAGCACAAAACGACAGGUUACGAAACUCUUUAGAUGACAAUGAAAAGUUGCUGAGAGUGUCAGAGAACACUGCAGGGGAAUUGCAAAACACAUUGAGUGAAGUUGAAAACACUCUCAGUGAACUCUUGGCAGAGAGAGCUCACUCGGAAGAGCAAAUAGCAGAAUUGAAUGGUAAAAUCCAAGCGUUUGAAGAAGAACUGAUAUCUGUAAGUAGGGACAGAGAUAACUACCAAUUGAAAUAUGCCUCCGCUGAAACAGCCUUGGAAGACUUUAAAAAACAGAAAAAGCAGCUAGAUGACCUUAAUCAUGAGCUUUCUGAAGCCCACAAUAGAAUAGAAUUACAGAAACAUGAAAUUGUUGCACUUAAGGAUGCUAUAAAAGAAUUGAAAAGUGGCACACCAUCAAACACUGACGCCACAUCUCUGAUAGAUCACACAGAAAUUAAAGCAAAACUAUCUAAAGCUCUCGAAGAAAGGGAGUCAUUUAUGGGGAAAUAUGAGAUAGAAUACAAAGAGAGAAUGCGUCUUGCUGAUGAGUUAAAUACGAUGCAGGAAUCAUACAAAACCGCAAGUCAACAAGCUUCCGAAGCCGUCACUAGACUUGAUGUGCUAGAGAAGUAUUUCCAAGAAAGGGAAUGUGAAUUGUUAAAAGAACUAAGCACAAAAGAAUCAUUGUGGCUUAGCAAACAAGGUGAAUCUGCGAGUACUGUUGAGAAAAUUGAAUUGAUGCAACAGGAGGUGCAAAGAUACAAAGAAAAGUGUGACACGCUAACUCUAGAGUUAGCUGAACAAGAGUCGGCUCGUCGCACCGCCAUCAGUGAGAUGGAGACACGUGCGCACACCGCGUGGCUCGAGGCGAGGCAGGCGAAGCGCGAGGCUGAGGCAGCGAAGGAUGAAGCAACAGCGCUGAGGAGGAAACUGGCUGCUAUGCAUCAGGCGGAUGGUGCUGCGUCUCCGAAUAGACCCGUGGCGUCCCCGCUGGAGGUGCCGGACGGGCUGCCGCCGCCGCUGGCGUUCCUGCCGCCGCCGCUGCUGCCGCCGCUGCCGCGCCCGCCGCCGCUCGGCCGCCUGCCCUCACCGCACGCGCCUAGAUAUAGCGAGCGACGAUACUCGCCUGACAGCCGGUACUCGCCGGAGAGCAGAUACUCGCCCGAAAGCAGAUACUCGCCCGAGAGCAGAUACUCGCCCGAGACAGUGCGGUACUCGCCCGCCCGCCGCUACUCGCCGCGCUCGAGACGCUCGCCCUACUCGCCGCGGUCUCGGCGACGAUCUAUAGAGAGGUACGAAAGUGGCAGAGGCUCUCGAUCCCGAAAUGGGCCGGCUGACACUGAGACAGAGUAUAACUCAGAUGACUCUAGAAGACCGAGGAGGCGAAGAUAUUCUACACGUUCAGGCGCUAGUUCCGGAUCGGGAUGUUCGACCGAGUCGGAGAAAUGAUUGUUAGAAAUUAAUUUAUGAGGCCAAAAGUCUUUGGGAUGGAUAACUUUAUUGGGGCAUGUUAUAAGGGAGAUACUGGCAAAAAUAAAAACAAUUUUAGAUAAUAUAUGUAAUGCUUUAUUUAGUAUACCACCACGAGCGAAUAACUUGUUCUAUGUUGAUAGUAAUAUAAAAUAAUGUUUAGAUUUGUUCGUUUUUGUCAAAAUUUUAAUAUUACUCAUUACAAGGUUGACUCCAAUUAACUGUAUUCGGCUCCUGUGUUGCUAUUCUCUUCCUUUGUAGUCAAGAAUCAACAAUAACUGCCAUUUUAUUUAUUUAUCUAGAUAGUAUGUUUCUUCUUAUUGUAUUCAUAAAGGGGAAUGUCAAAAAUGGUAUUUAUGCAUCGGUAUCGGUGUUUUGCGACAGCUAAAUAAUAAUUUGAGACUUAGGUAAUUUAAUGCUGUCUCUAUGAACAAAAAUUAGGGAAAACUUUCUGUUCUGUUUUGUUUCUGUGCGAUGUGUCACUUACUAAUGAUAAGAUUACUUCUAAAGAGCAAUAAAUGUUAUAUAAAAGAUUGCAAUUAUACUGAUUUAUUUAUAUUAAAAAAUGAAUUAAUUUUUAUAAAUAAUUGAUUUGAUUUAAAGGAAGAUUGUUUUUGACAUUCUCCAUGAUAAUAUUAUAUAUUAAUAUAUGACGUCAUGUAGUAAACAAUAUGUUUAUUAAAGCUGUUAUCUUAUUACGAAGCUGUUUAUUGGGGCCACGGACACUCCAGCAAUAAGUAUUAUAAUCUGAAGUCAAUACUAAAUAAGUAUAAACUAAAUGUUAUAUUUGCAAGUCUCUUAACACACGGUUGAGUUAUUAUUAAGGUGUUAUGUAAUUUGUUAAUUUCAUAUAGUUUGCACCAAAAUAGUUCCAUUUUAUUGUUCUAUUUAAACCAAAUUACGUGUAAAAUAAAACUACACUUAUGUUGAAUUUCUGUACCUGAUCUAUCAAAGUCGGUAAUUUUUUACAUUGUCAUUGCCAUGAUAACUCUGACGACCUUAUGUCAUUUGAUAAGCUAUUUGCUUCAAAUGAAGUAAGCGGUUUCUUAAAAUUAUUAUUAUGAAAUAUUCGAGAAUUUCGCUCACUGUAUGUUUUUUAUGUUUUCCUCUUUGAGUACUUAUUGGAUUCAAACAUCAUCUGUCAACAACGACAAAGUCCUAAUUAUUUAAAAAUUGUUUUAUUAGAUGAUAAUAAUGUAUAUUGUAUUAGAUACGAAUUAAAAUAAUUUUCAAUUAA